AUGGGCAGCAGCAGUGUUGAGAGUGGGCAAGUGAGCUACAUAUUUCCGUCGUCGGAAAGUCAUCCAGCCUCUGCUCACUCUUGGCUCUUCCGGUGGACCAAGUGGACCAAGACCUGCUCGGAGAAUGGGCAUCAGUCUGGCAAAUUGUGGCGAUAUUUCGCCCUCGCCGCCUCCCUGGUCGUGGUCGCUAUUUGCUCACUAGUCUGGGUGCAUGGGCGUCUCGCUGGUUGGGACGAGGGGGUUCAGCGAUGGGACAGUGGUCGGAUGGGGCGGCUGCAGACGGUGCUCUUGGCACAGGCGAGGGAGCUCAUGGUCACAACGAACCGCUCGAUACACGACCCCCUGGCGAGACAAAUGAUGAGGAACCUGUCACGUGAGGACGAGAAAACCUGCUACUCUCCUAAUUGUCUGCACACAGGAAUUUCACUGCUGGAAUCAAUGAACUUCAAAAUCGAUCCGUGCCAAAAUUUUUACGAUUUUGCAUGCGGCAGUUGGACUCAUUCGUCCCCAGGCGAGCACAACGUUCCGCUCGUGGUCAACUCUGACCAGUUUAGCAAAAUCAAUGAAAAAGUUAUACGCGCAACACAAAAUAUUUUGGAGGACCCCGCACCUGAGACUGAAAUUGGAACGUUUCCUCUGGCCCAGAAAUUUUAUUUCCAGUGCAAAGAUUUGAAUCAAUUGGAAAAGGAUGGAUUGGAUGCGUUGUGGGCGUUGAUGGAAAAAUAUGGGGGGUGGCCCAUCCUAGGCUCACAGUUUCAGUUUUCAGCCCCUUCCGACUGGUUAGCAUUGGUGGCAGAUCUCCAACGCAUGUCCUGUUCGUCAAUCUUGUCUUUGGAAGUCAAGCAACAUCCGGUCCACUCCCUUCAGAACGUGAUCUAUCUAAUUCAUCCCAAAUUCUUCAUCGCGCGGGAAUAUCUCCUGAAUCCGACCAAAUAUCCGAAAAUAUUCACGGCGUACAAAACCUUCAUUGUCGCACUGGCCGCAGAGUUUGUCAAAUUCGGAGAUGGAGCUCUGGACUGGGAGCAGCUGCACGCGGAUGCCGAAAACAUGAUCGAAUUUGAGUCGGCUUUGGCGAAAUUGGCGACGGAUGAGGUGGAGUCGACCCGUCCGGUGCGGAAGGCGCAGUAUUCGAUCCACAAGUUGCAAAGAGAGACUGACUUGCUCACACCGAAAUCUGCCGCAUAUCCGAACCAGCUCAACUGGAAAAAGUAUUUGGGUCACGUUUUUGUGAGCAGUGGGAUGAAUUUUACGGACGAGGAGCGGAUUGUGGUGCAGGACGUGUCCUACAUCCGUGGCCUGAGCCCCCUUCUCGCCAACACGCCCACCACGACGUUGACCAAUUAUCUCAUGUGGAGACUCCUCGUCACCUUCACGUCCGGCACGACGCACAAACUGAGAAAGCUGAACUUUAACUUUUACAACAUGGUGUACGGAAUGAAACGCAUUCCUCCGAGAGCUUCAACAUGUGCAACCGUGGUCAAAGACACCUUCGCGUUGGCCAUUGGGAUGAAGAUUGUUCGUGGUUUAACGGAUAUUUCCUCAAAAAAAGAGGUGGAAGAAAUGGUGGACAAUGUUCGCAUAGCGAUGGAACGACUGUUGAACAACAAGCAGUUGGGACCUGUAAUAUUUCCGUUGGGAAUUAGUCGCAAAUUGAGCACGUUGAAGCAUUGCAUCGGCUACCCAUCCUCAUUCCAUAACGUUACUGCGAUCGAUCAGUUUUACGAGUCCCUCCGGUUUAACAACGAGAGUGAAAUAUACCUCAAGAAAUAUGUUCGCUUAAGAUUUUGGCUGUACGACAAAACUCUCACGACUCUCAGGGAACCAUUUGACUCGGACUGUUGGAGUGGAACGUCUUGGGCAAACAUUGGCGAGGCGUACGCCUACUAUGACACGGCUCGCAAUUCCAUCAAUUUUCCAAUUGGUCUUCUUCAAGCUCCUUUCUACCGACAUAAUGUUCCCAUACCUGUAAACUACGGUGCUAUCGGUGCCAUUAUUGGACACGAGAUUUCUCACAGCGUCAAUAUUGAAGGCUGGAUAAAAGUUGGUUUGGUGCAAAAGCUUGAGGAGUACUGGGAGUGCCUGGAGCACCACUAUUCGACCUACCACGUGCCCUCCUUGGGGCCAGACUCCCGCGUCAACGGACUUCGCACGCGGUCAGAGAACUUGGCGGACCAUCUCGGCCUCGCCGCAUCGUACUGGGCCUUCCGCAAACUCAGCUCCCAAAACAACCACGAAUUCAAAUCCCUCGUCGGACUCGAUAUCUUCUCCCACGACCAAAUGUUCUUUCUAAGCUUUGCUCACAUGUGGUGUGUCAACGGCCCAGAUGAAUGGUUGGCAGAUGAGCUCGAAUCUUCUUCCCACACGCCUGGAAUUUAUCGCGUACUGGGAUCACUACAAAAUUCGGAUGACUUUGCGAAAUCCUGGUCUUGUCCGGUCGGCUCAGGAAUGAAUCCCGUCGACAAAUGCAACAGUCUAAUUACGUCGUCAUCAGAACAGGGAAAGAACUCAAAGUGACUGAGUGAACGAACCAACAAAUGACCGACACCGACAAAUGCACAACAUUCAUAGAGAAAAAAAACACGUAUUAUAUUGAGCGUACUAAAAACGAGAAAAGAGAGAUUUAUUUCCAGUCUUCUUCUACAAAUACUGAAGUUUUUAAAGAGAAACGAGAAAAUCCACACCAAAAUUGUUAAUAACAUUGAAAACAUGCCAAUAAUUAUUGCCAUUUGAGUGGGCUCUAAAUAACCCAAGUAUGAAUUUCUCAUCGUCAGUCAGAGUGUGCAGAGGGGGUUAAAAAGUGUCAAGAACUUAUUGUGAUGCUGGUUGGUGCUGCUCUUUUUCGUGUAUAUUUAUUAUUAUCAAACGAUGUGAUACUCAUUCUUGGGACGUCGACGACGUCGACGGACGUUGACUCUCAAGCAAUUUUUUCUUCUUCGUGAUGUCGUCAUUGGGAAGAAAGGAGGAGGAGAUUAAUAUUUAUGGACGGAGAGUUGAGGACGCGUUUACUUAUGGGUUUUCGAAAUCGUGGAGCGAAAUGACAUUCUUGUGGCCAAACUCGUUGCUUUCUUUCCGACUUUGUUUGACGAGAUAGUGGAGCAUCACCUUUUCGAAGCUGUCCCAGUCGAGGCCCUCUGCGAGAUACGUUACAUUCAAAUACAAAUACUUGUUUCAUUUUUAGCUCCAUAGUUUAUCUUUACCCACGGACACAUACACAAGCCAUGACUAACCAACCAACUAACUAAGAGGGGAGAGAAGGAGACGGUCUUUUUAGUGGGACGGAAAUAGAACCACUCUCGCUCUCUUCUCAAUCUCAUUCCUUCGAGCUAUUCUUGUUCUUCCAGAAUCACAUUUAAAUAGAAAAAAUCAAUCCCGUAUCAAAUAAUGCCUUCAAAGAAAAAUAACAAAGCACGACAAAAACUUGUUGAAUUCUUGUGUAAUAGUAAUUUAAGUAUUGAUUGAGACGGACACAAAAUAGGCAGUCUCAACUUUCCCUGCUGAUAAAUAUGUACUUAGACCUAACAGAAUAUAAUUGCAAUAAUCCUGACCUAUUUGCUCCAUCUGAAUAAUUCACGUAGUAAAAUAGGCAAGUUACCUGCGACCGCGUGGCCAAUGUCGGCCACAUGCACGCCAAACUGAUCUGGAGUGACCUCGAUGUCCGAGUUGAACUCCUUCAAGAGAUUGGGAACCACUUCUCGCGCGACGACGCCAGACCUCGCGUGGGCCGCAAACAUCUUCUCCAGCACUGCGUUAAAUUUACGUACAUGUACCCGUUCAAAUUAUGCCAAAAAAUCCUUAUACAAAUUAUUGCUAGACUUAUACAACCAAUAACUUUUCUCUAUUGUUGUUCAUCCAAUCUUAUUACUCUGUAUACGGCUAAAGAAAUUUGUAAACUUACGAGAGUGUGAUUCCUGACGCACUUUGUACUCCUAAAAUAAAUUUGGAUCGGAUUUUUGCUUUAA